AUGUUGCACUUCGAGCAGGUAUCCCAAGCUGAGCCGAAGCAGAAAACUCCAGGUGGAACAUCCAAGCCGCAGGAGAUGCAGACAGCAGCAGCUGUACCUGAGGAUCCUGUGUCUACAGCCUGUUCCAGUAUGCAACAACGAGCGAAACAAGUGUUUUUGAUGACCGCAUUGGUGAAUGUUACGUCAAAGAGUGGAAGGAAUUUCAAGUUGCGUGCUCUCUUCGAUUCCGGGUCUCAGAUCAACCUGGUUUCUGAAUCUGCUGUAAAACUGCUAGCGCUUCCGAAGUAUCCUGCCAACGUGCCAGUCGUAGGAGUGGGUGGCGCCAGAUCUCAAAUUCGUCAUCGUGUGAUCCUGAAGUGUUUCUCCGACUACACCGAUUUCCAAGGUGACAUGGACUGUUUGGUGACAGCUAGAGUGACAGGAAAGAUUCCAUCUGUUCCAGUUGACAUCUCGGAGUGGAAGUUCCCGAGUGGUAUUGUGUUGGCCGAUCCAAGCUUCAACGAACCGAGAGAAGUGGACCUACUGAUCGGUGCCGAGCUGUUUUUCAAAAUCCUGAAACAAGCUCAGCUGAAACUCUCUGAUAAUCUACCCGUACUGUACGAGACUCAGUUCGGAUGGGUUAUUGCCGGUGCUUUAGAAGAGUCCGAGGAGGAAGUCGUCAACGUGCUGUGCGCCACAAAUGAGGAUCUGUUGCUGAAGAGCAUUCAGAGGUUUUUCGAGCAAGAAGAACUUCCAGAAGAAAAAGUCCUGACGAAUGAAGAGCAAGCGAUAGAAGAUCACUUCUGCAAAACUUAUCGACGAGAUGAGGAUGGCCGAUUCGUGGUUAAACUACCGUUCCGUGAGUCCAUCAAUGAACUAGGAAACUCCCGAUCAUUAGCGUUGAAGAGGUUCCUGUCAAUUGAGAAACAUCUAACCAAUAAACCCGAGAUAAAAGAGAUGUACCAAGAGUUUAUGCAGGAGUACAAGGACCUUGGUCAUUGCCACGAGAUCCGUGAGGGAGACGAUCCGCCUGGCCAACAGAGCUACUAUUUGCCUCAUCAUGCUGUACUUAAACCUACAAGUACCAGCACAAAGUUACGUGUUGUAUUUGACGCCAAGGUGAAGUCUAACGGAUUAUCCCUCAACGAAGUUCUGAUGAUUGGACCGAAGAUUCAGAACGAUCUGUUUACAAUCCAAUUACGUUUCCGGAUGCACAUAUAUGCAUUUUCUGGAGACGUUGAGAAAAUGUUCAGGCAAGUGAAACUUGAUCCAAGACAGACACAUUACCACAGAACUUUCUGGCGUGACCAACCGAUGGACCCGAUAAAAGUGAUGGAGUUGUUAACGGUGACCUACGGGACGUCUCCUGCAUCGUUUUUGGCAGUGAGGUCCAUGGUUCAACUAGCGAGAGAGGAAAAAGCCAACUUUCCUGCAGCUGCAGAGGCGAUAUUAGAGGACUGCUACAUGGACGAUAUAUUGAGUGGUGCCCCAACACUUGCAUCCGCGAAGCAACUGCGAAGUGAUAUCGAGGAGCUUAUGAUGAAAGGAAAAUUUCCUAUCCGAAAAUGGUGUACCAACGACGACGAAAUUCUUGAAGGUGUUCCGGAUCAAGACCGUGAAAAGCUAGUUCGAAUAGGAGAUUCUGGUACCAACGAAGCGAUUCGAGCUUUAGGUGUUCUGUGGGACCCAAGAUGUGAUCAGUUCCUGUUUUGGAGAAGCCCGGAAGUGAUGCAACCGGAUGUGAAGGUGACUAAAAGGUAUGUUCUUUCUCAAAUCGCCAAACUGUUUGAUCCCCUUGGCCUCAUAUCACCUGUGAUCGUUUUGGCUAAGUCCAUCAUGCAGCAAUUGUGGGCUGAUGGUCUGGGAUGGGACGAGACCCUAGAGGGCGAGUUGUUGAGUAGAUGGGUGACCUUACAUCAGUCAUUGGUACAACUGAACGAGAUACGAAUACCGAGAUGUGUUAUGGCUCCUGGAGCUCAACGUAUUGAGAUUCACGGCUUCUCUGAUGCGUCGUGUACUGCUUAUGGUGCUUGUGUUUAUUUGCGUUGUGUUCAGGAGAACGGGGCAGUGUCAGUUAGGCUGCUUUGCAGUAAGUCAAGGAUUGCCCCUCUGCGUCGUCUCACAAUACCUAGAUUAGAGCUGUGUGCCGCUGUGGUAUUGGCCAAACUGGUUAGUGUAGUGAUCCCUAUUCUGAAAACCGAAUUCCACGAUAUCAAGCUGUGGUCUGAUAGCCAAAUUGUGCUGGCAUGGAUAAAGAAGAAUCCGGAUCAACUUCAAGUCUACGUCAGAAACCGAGUUUUGGAUAUUAACAAACUGACUAGUGCCUACGAGUGGAAGUACGUCAGGUCCGAGAAUAAUCCUGCGGAUUUGGUGUCCAGAGGGUGUUACCCUGGUGUGUUGCAUCGUUCUGAUAUGUGGUGGAAUGGUCCACUAUUUCUGCAAGAUGUUAACUACGAUAUCCAGGAGACUCCGGUGAUUCAAGAUGAAGAGUUACCAGAAAUGCGACAAGUUCAAGUGUGUAACCCAGCGGUCGAUGUUGAAGACGAUCCGGUAUUCGAGCGGUGCGGAUCGUUUUCCAAGCUGCAACGUGUAUUGGCGCAGGUGGUGAGAUUCACUCGACUGAUACGAAUGAAAAAGGAGGAUCGUAAACAUGCAAGAUACAUUUCUGUGCAAGACAUGCGGAAGGCAUUGGAUUACAUAGUAAGGAUUUUGCAGAGGACCGGAUUGAACGAGGAGAUCCAGUGUGUUCAGCGUAAGGAGUUGCCGAAGCGAUUGGCGAAUCUUCAACCAUUCCUGGACGAAGAAGGUUUCCUUCGCGUCGGCGGGCGUCUACAAAACUCUAAAUUACCGUAUGACGCCAAGCACCAAUUACUUCUUCCACGCAAUCACCGAGUGACGGAAAUGUUGAUUCGUCAAUAUCACGAGGAGAGACUGCAUGAAGGGCCAUCCGGUUUGCUGGCAGCAAUAAGGCAGAAGUACUGGUUGGUAAAUGCUCGAUCUGCCAUCCGGAAAGUGACUCGAAGCUGCGUAAAGUGUUUCAGGACUAAGCCGAGAGGAAUUCAGCCCUUAAUGGGAAAUUUGCCGGAGGAGCGUGUGAAUGUAGCAGCAGCGUUCGAACUCACUGGUGUGGAUUACGCCGGCCCAGUGAUUGUGAAAGAAGGAAGGUAUAAGCCGAAACACGUAAAGGCAUACAUUGCACUGUUUGUCUGCCUAACAACGAAAUCGAUUCACCUUGAAUUGGUUUCGGAUUUGACAACCGAAGCUUUUCUCGCCGCUUUAGAUCGUUUUAUCAACCGUCGUGGAAUGGUUCGUAAAAUUAUGUCAGAUAACGCGACCAAUUUUAUUGGUGCUUCGAAAGAACUCCACAAAUUGUACUUGAUGUUCCGUGACGAGACCGCAAGAACGAAGAUCAACGAUUUUCUGCUCAAACGAGAGAUUGAGUGGGAAUUCAUUCCGCCUAGAUCACCCAACUUUGGGGGUUUGUGGGAGGCAGGAGUAAAGGUUGUCAAGUCCCACAUAUAUCGGACUUUGGGCAACGCAAUUUUGACGUUUGAGGAGUUCGGAACAGUAUUGACCCACAUCGAAGCCAUAGUGAAUUCCCGACCCUUGUAUGCACUGUCUGAGGACCCGAACGAGCCGCUUCCGAUAACACCUGCUCAUUUGAUGAUUGGAAGACCAUUGGAACCGAUUUUGAAGCCGUCGUACUCCGAUGUAGCAGUGAACCGUCUGUCUCGCUAUCAGUAUAUGAACAAUUUGCGUGAUCGGUUUUGGGCAAAGUGGUCGCAUGAUUAUCUAUCAACGCUUCAAUCGAGGGCAAAGUGGACAAAAAGUGAACCGAAUGUGAAAAUGGGUACUAUUGUGCUACUGAUGGAAGACAAUCUACCAGUUCAGUCAUGGAGGUUGGGUCAAAUUGUUGCACUUUACCCGGGAAGGGAUGACGUGAUCAGAGUCGCCGACGUGAAGACUGCAACGGGAGUAUUCCGGCGCUCCAUUCGGAAGUUGGCGCCUCUUCCUAUUACCGACAACGACCAAUCGAAGAUUUCCGCUUUUGGAAUGGUAUUCCAACCGGCGGGAGUAUGUACGCGAUGA